UCAACAGUAGUUUGGUUUAUUCGCUAUUCAGCUUAGAAGCGGUCAUAUGUGUUGAGACAUUGCCCGACGUUCGUUAUCUGUUAGCCCUUAGUGUGCCGUGGUGUAACAGCUGUAUCUAAAUUUAGUAUUAGUGGUUCGCACCGAUCGUAGCGAAUAGUCAACUCACAGACGCUCCGCUCCGUCUUUUUCCACACGUGCUCCCAACAAAACGGUCGCGGUUCUCGACGCCGAUUCCGAAGGAAAAUUAAAAUAAAUUAAACGCGUCGCCGUGAACUUUUCAUGUGCAAAAGGUCCGACCUGCAUACCUAUGCGAGAUCGCCGGAGUACGUUCACCAAAGAGUACAUCAAUAACAUAGUCAACCCACUUGGAAACCGUCCGGCCCGACCAACCGAAAACCAUAACAUUUCCCGCACACAGGAGGAGCGCGCGGCAAACAUCGAGCCCGCCGAAGAACAAAACAAAACCAUGCUGAUGCCGAGCGCCGGAAUCACAGCCACCACCGAGGCCGAGACCCUGGUCUCGGGUCUGGGCGGUUUGGGGGUGCUGGGCGCCACCAGCACCCUGAACGGCACCGGGGUACAAAACAAAGACACCACAUGGACCAAGCUCUUUGUCGGCGGCCUUCCGUACCACACCAGUGACAAAUCGCUGAGGGACCAUUUCGCCAUUUACGGGGACAUCGAGGAGGCGGUCGUCAUCACCGACAGGCAAACUGGCAAAAGUCGUGGAUACGGAUUUGUGAUAAUGGGCGACAGAGUGUCGGCCGAGAAGGCGUGCAAGGACCCGAACCCCAUCAUCGACGGACGGAAGGCCAACGUCAAUCUGGCCAUCCUCGGAGCCAAGCCCAGAGGCAACGUACCCGCAGGAUUCACCUUCCCUAGCGUGCGAACGGGUUACCCAGCACUGUUACCAAGCCAAUAUGGAGUACCACCGGGAUACGUGUAUCAGAGCCCCUACUUGCCCACAACGGCGCCGGGAAGCCUCGUGCCCCUCCAGACGACGCAGCUGACGCACGCGGCGGCGGUGGCAGCCGCCACCUCCCAGUUCUACGAGUACCAGAACGCGGCAGCCGUGGCGGCCGCGGCUGCGGCACCGUACACCGGCCAGUACGCCAACGGAUUCGACGCCUACCCUUACACCGGGGCUGCAGGAGCGGCCAGCUACAUGCCCUACGCCUACGCCGCGUUGCCACAAACACCGGGUUUGCCGGCCGCCACGGCGGGCGCCUUCCCGGGAAUCCCCUAUCAGACGGCCGCCCAAGCGCAGACCUUGCAAGAAGCGAGGCUGCAGUAAUUUAAAUGAAACGUAGACGGACUUGGUAAAUGAAAUUAAUAUGAAAGGAUAAUAAAGUACGUAGUGAGAAUUAUGGAAAUUAUCUCGAAGACGUAGGUCUAUGUAAAAAAAAAAAAUAAUAAUGUGAAAAGAACAAAGAACUACAUUUCACCGGACAUUUUUUGGAAAAAUAUUUUUUACAGUGAGAUUAGUUUUUUGUUCUUUUUUGUUAACGUAAUUUAUUUUAGCAAAUAAUUCCAAGUUACCAAUAUGAGUAAAGAGGUAAUAAUGCUCAAUAAAUAUAUCAGACUUAAAAAUUGCCUUUGGAUUGCAGACAGUUGGUGUUAGUUCUGCAAUAGAAGUGCAAUAUAUCUAAAUAAUACAUACAUUUAGCGAAAUCCUAGAUUUUUAAAUAGUUCUAGUCUCAUUAUUACUAUUACAUUAUUAUAUUAUUUGUAUAAUUUUUAAGAUAUUAUUACCGUUAUGGUCAUUUUAUAACUCACAUGGUUGUAAUAAAAAAGGUCAUAAUUAUUUAUAUUAUUAUACAUAAGUACUUAAAUAUAUAGCUCUUGUAUCAUAAUAAAUUUAUUGCUAGAUCUUGAUAUUCAGAAGACGUACUUAAAACUAUCUCAUCUUAAUAUCAUAGUUAGAUUAUCUAUAUGUGUAAUAUAAAUAUAUGUACAGAUGACUAAAUGGUCAUAUGUCCCAAAAUAUAUGUAAUAUUUUCUUCCAGAAAAAAGCACAAAUCGGAAAUUAUUUCAAUUAUUUAUACAUUUUCACUUUAUUAUUUAUUUUCUGUUCCGGGCACUCUGUAACAAUAAUAAAUGUACCUUAAAAGUAGCCUGGAAUUUUUUUUGUUUAAGACUGCUUUAUACAAAUUACACGUCUGUUCCUUCUCUUUUUUUUAUUUAUUAGACAUUUGGCUGACGGAUUUGAAUUCAUUCACUAAAGACCAAAAUACAAGACCAUAUCUUCAGGAGUACAGAAAAUUGCAUAGAGCGACUGAAUAGUUUAUAAGCUAGGCAACAAUUUGUGAUAUCUACUAAUCAAGGAAGGUGCAUGAAUAUACCAUCUAGUCAAAUAUUUAUUGUAUUUUUUCUUAUAUGUGCACUUCCGUCCAUUGCAUCUUUGACUAUGUAAAUGUUAACAAAAAUCCGUCGUGCCUGUUUGUAGCUGUAUACCAAAGGUUGGUAACAUAAAUAAAUGUUGUUGUGAAAAUGUAAAUAAUUUAUAAUUGGUAUUUGUAUAUGGGCUCAGUUAAACUUUGCCAUAUUAAAUAUAUUUCUUUUUGUUGUACAGCUCUGCUGUUCUGUUUUAAACGCCACCUAGGUGGCUGUUUUUUAACUUGUUAUUACAAAACUUAAAUUAUUUUCUACUAAGAUUAAGAUAUGAAUAUGUAAUCAGUUAAAAUAAAUAUUUCUAAAUAUA